ACACCGCCGCGAAGAAACCAAAGAUGAAUAUGACGACGACGAGUACGGCGACGGUGAAGGAACAACUGAGGUCAUCGACAGCCGAAUUCCAAGAAUCACAAGCACAACUCAAGAAAUUGAUCAACAGCAGACAGACAUUAGACUCACAACUGAGCGAGAACGAAUCAGUCAAGGAACAGAUCGAGAACCUGAAACCGGAUGAUAAACCAAUCAUCUUCAAAUCGAUCGCAAACGUACUCGUCAAACAAGACUUGGCAGAGUCUCAAUCAAAUAUCAAUCGAAGGAUCGAGUUCUUGAAACAUGAACAAUCGAAAGUCGAUAAGAAGAUCGAAUCGGUUCAAGCUAAUAUGGAUAGACUCAGACCAAUCCUUGCCGAGCUAACAGCCAAACUGCAACAAGAAGCACCCACUCAACAACUCGCACAGACCCAUCUUGCCAACCCCACGGCUCCGACGGUAGCAGUCUAGUCGCUAUACUCCACCAAUGCGAAAGAGAACUCGAUCUGAAUAACGGCCGUAUGCAGUGAGGCUGAGAUCAAUUAUCGACUGGGUUGAGCUCGCCGAGAGUCAGAUACUUGACUCGCCUCCUCUUCAAACUGCAAUUUUUUUACAACCUACCAAGCUUCAUGACUGGUUUUUUUUUUUGUUGCGCACCUCAACAGGCAGGUUUUGAGGAAGUCAUACUUUUUGAGAGCCACAUCAGGUAUCCUUUGCAAUGAUACCACGUCGCUAUUUUGGGGGAACCAAACCUUGAGAACCAUUUACUGAAAUUUUGUAACCCAUCUAGAUAAAAUAUUUCUUACCAAGAUGAUGGAUGAAAUGGUUCUUAAUUCAUGUCACACAUGUUGGUAUGGAAGCUUCAUUAGGGCUGAUGGUGAUCUGAGAGAUUUGAGAGAAACAUGGAU